AUGUCGAAUCAGAAGACACGACCAGAGGUCGCAUGCUUCGACGGCAGCGGAGAUUUCUCGAUGUGGAAGAUCAGAAUGAUGGCUCACUUUGGAGUUGCAGGUUUGAAAGAUGUGAUUCUAAGUGAUGAUUUCGGGAUGUCUGUUGAUGAAGUCAAAACAGAGAUUCAGCAAACAGAAGCAGGUCCUGUCGAGGUUAAGGUUUCAGAAUCAAAGUUAGUUCCUGAUCCGGUGAAACUCGAGAAGGAUGAAAGAGCGAAAGAUAUGAUCAUCGUGAACAUUAGUGACUUUGUGCUUAGGAAAAUUGAGCACUGCACUACAGCAGCGUCUCAGUGGGCUCUCCUAGAUAGACUGUACAUGUCUAAGUCUUUACCAAAUCGAAUAUUUCUCCAGUCUCAGUUUUACACUUUCAAGUGUGAUGCAUCAAAAGCGACUGAUGUUAAUGUUGACGAUUUUCUCAAGAUUGUGGCUGAGAUGGGAAGUUUAGAUGUGAACGUGUCUGAUGAGAUCCAAGCCAUAGUUUUCCUGAAUGCUCUCCCUGCAAGCUUUGACCAGCUAAAGCAUACCCUUAAGUAUGGUAAGGAGUCACUAUGCUUGGAAGAAGUAAUCUCUGCAUCUAGGUCUCGGGAAAGAGAAAUUUCAGAAAGCAACAAAGGAGCUGCUACUGUGUUGUACACGAAUGAAAGGGGAAGGUCAAGUAAGAGAGAAUCGAAUGAUUCCCGGAAGAACAACAGUCGCAGCAGGUCAAAGAAUAGGAAGGUCACUUGCUGGUAUUGCAAGAAAGAAGAUCAUGUGAAGAAGGAUUGUUUUCUGAGAAAGAAAAGAAUGGGAAGUGACGACGAAGGAGAAGUUGCAGUAGCUUUGGAAGAGCUGAAUGUAACAGAAGAUGACUCAAAAGAGAAUUGGGUUAUUGAUUCAGGCUGCACACACCACAUGACUUCAAGGAGAGAUUGGUUUGUGGAUUUUACAGAGAAAGGGUCAAGCAAGAUUCUCCUUGGUGAUUUUCAUACAGUGGAAACACUUGGUAUGGGUACAAUCAGGAUUAAUACUCGAGGAGGUACAGUUAAGCUGAUGCACAAUGUGAGGUAUGUUCCUACUCUCUGUAGGAAUCUCAUAUCAACGGGAACUCUAGACAAGCUUGGUUUCGUUCAUACUGGUGGAAACGGGAAGAUACAGUUUCACAAAAAUAACAAGCUUUCUCUACAAGGAACUCUGAGGAAUAGUCUCUACAUCCUAGAUGGAGAAACAGUUACAGAAGAGCUGUGUAACAGUGAGACUAAGGUUCAAGUUCCUCUUUGGCAUAGCAGAUUGGGUCACAUGAGUUACAAGAAUCUGCAGGUCCUAGUUAGAGGUGGAGUUCUAAAGCAGAAAGAGAUUGGUAAAGAAAUCUUUUGUGAGCAUUGUGUGAUGGGUAAAUCGAAGAAGGUCAGCUUUGCAUCAGGAAAGCAUAACUCAAAUCAUGUCUUGGAGUAUGUACAUGCAGAUCUUUGGGGAUCGCCUAAUGUGCAAAUCUCAUUGUCAGGAAAUCAGCAUUUUUUUUCAAUAAUCAAUGAUCACUCAAGGAAGGUUUGGAUCUGGUUUCUCAAAACUAAAGAUGAGACGUUUUCUAAGUUUUGUGAAUGGAAGAACCUUGUGGAGAAUCAGGUGGAUAGAAAGGUGAAGUAUCUAAGGACUGACAAUGGCUUAGAGUUCUGUAAUAAUGCCUUUGAUGAGUUCUGCAGGGAGAAUGGUAUUACGAGGCAUAGAACAUGCACUUAUACUCCCCAGCAAAAUGGAGUUGUUGAGAGAAUGAAUAGAACUAUCAUGGAGAAAGUUAGAUGCUUAUUGAGUGAGUCUGGUUUGAAAGAAGCGUUUUGGGCUGAUGCUGCGGCAACGUCGGUGUAUAUUAUCAAUAGAUCACCGUCAUCUACAAUUGGUUUCAAGUGUCCUGAAGAAAUUUGGUUGGGAAAGCAACCAGGAUACAAGCACAUGAAGAAGUUCGGUUCUGUAGCUUAUGUGCAUAUUGAUCAAGGAAAGCUGAAACCACGAGCUGUCAAAGGAAUAUUUAUUGGUUAUCCUACUGGUACAAAGGGAUACAAAGUAUGGCUGCUCGAAGGCGGGAAGUACGUGGUAAGCAGAAACGUGAAGUUUCAUGAAGAAAAAGUUUACAAGGACUUAGCUCAAGAAAAAACAGAGGUUCCAGCUGACAAGAAUGCAUCUACGUCUGUCAUAAAACCAGUAGAUGCAGAGAAAACUCAAGGAGACUUAUCUCAGGAUAAAGGAGAUUCAAAUCUAGGUGGAGUUACUCAUGAUCUAUCAAGCGACAGUGAAGAUGAUAAUGAUGAUGAUAAUGAUGAGUCUUCUUCAGAGACAAGAGAGACAACAAACACAAGUUUGUCUAACUAUCAAGUCGCAAGAGACAGACCAAGAAGGUUAAAAGUACGUCAUGCGAGAUAUAACGACUAUGAUUGCUCUGAAGAAGAGAUAGCUUUUGCUUUGUGUAUGUCAGAAUUGAUGAACAUUGAAGAACCUCGAGAUUACAAUGAAGCAAAAGAAAGCAGAGAAUGGCUUAAAUGGAGUUCUGCAGCUGAUGAAGAGAUGGAUUCUUUGCUCAAGAAUAAAACUUGGAUUUUGGUGGAUAAGCCUAAAGACAGAAAGAUCAUCAGCGACAGAUGGCUAUUUAGGUUAAAAUCUGGUAUUGAAGGAGUUGAGCCAGAAAGGUACAAGGCUCGCCUUGUUGCAAGAGGAUUCUCACAAAAGGAGGGAAUUGAUUAUCAGGAAGUUUUUUCUCCCGUAGUGAAGCAUGUGUCUAUAAGAGUCUUGCUAACAUUGGUGGUAAACUUAGAUUUGGAGCUUGAGCAGAUGGACGUAAAGACGGCGUUUCUACAUGGAAACCUUGAAGAGGAUUUAUACAUGUACCAACCUGAAGGUUAUGUGGAUGAAAAGCAGAGAGAUAAAGUAUGUUUGCUCAAGAAAUCAUUAUAUGGGUUGAAGCAAUCCCCAAGGCAAUGGAACAAGCGGUUUGAUGAGUUCAUGAAGACACAAGACUUUACGAGAAGUAAGCAUGAUCAGUGUGUUUACACUAAAGAGAUUUCACAUGAGAACUACAUAUAUCUUCUAUUAUAUGUAGAUGACAUGUUGUUGGCUGCAAGAGACAUGUCUGAUAUUGUGAAUCUUAAGAAGCAAUUGAGUUCGACUUUUGAGAUGAAGGAUUUGGGAGCUGCCAGAAGAAUAUUGGGAAUGGAAAUUAUUCGGGACAGAGUUAAUGGCACAUUACGACUUUCUCAGUCAAGUUACUUGAAGAAAGUGAUAGAGAAUUUUAGAAUGACGGAUUCUAAGAGUUCUCAAACUCCCAUUGGUGCACAUUUCAAGUUGUCAUUGGUUACAGAAGAUGAAGAAUGCAUUGAUACUGAGGUAACUCCUUAUUCUUCUGCAGUUGGAAGCAUAAUGUAUGCUAUGAUAGGUUCUAGACCGGACUUAGCUUAUGGUAUUGGUUUAGUUAGUCGGUUUAUGAGCAGACCUGGUAGUAUACAUUGGGAAGCUGUGAAGUGGUUGCUUAGAUACAUCAAAGGUUCAUUAGAUGUUGAGCUCCUCUACACUAAAGAUAAGAAUCUGGAUAUACAAGGCUAUUGUGAUUCAGAUUAUGCUGCUGAUUUGGAUAAGAGAAGGUCUAUCUCUGGAUAUGUUUUUACGGUUGGAGGUAAUGUCGUGAGUUGGAAGUCAAACUUACAGCGUGUGGCGGCUUUGUCAACGACAGAAGCUGAGUAUAUCGCAUUGACGGAAGCUGUGAAAGAAGGAAUAUGGCUUAGGGGGUUACUUCAAGACUUUGGGUUCAAGCAAGAAGCGUGA